GAAACGAAAAAACGUUCCAAGGCUCGACAGUGACACAGGAACGGAUGCAAAAAGCGGAGGAAUCACUGGGAACAGACGAAGGAAAGAGGUCGAGUUGUACGCAGUUCGAAUGGGUUCGCAUCAAUCCGAGGGCAUCGCGGAACAUGGCGGAAAAGCAACGUCGCGACAAUCUCAACACGAACAUUUCGGCGAUGGCGGCGCUUGUGCCCAUUAUCGCCGAAAGUCCGAGGAAAAUGGACAAGAUAUCCAUCCUGAGAUUGACAGCAGCCUUCCUCAGAACGCAUUACACGCUCGGACGUAGCGCGGUCGACUUUCUACCCCGAGAGCUUGGCGAUCUGGAUCUGGAACAGUACAUCGUCGACAACUUGAUCGAAAGCGGGGGUUUCUUCAUUGUUGUCACGACCAGCGGGAAAAUAGUUUACGUCAGCCGGCAAGUUAACGCACACCUUGGCUACACGCAGGCGGAUUUCUUGGGGCAUUCGCUCUUCAACUUCGUCUAUUCCAAGGAUCACGAAGAAUUAACGAAAAACCUCACCCCGGACGACGUGCUGCCUUCGUCCACGCCGCAGAUCACCGACGGCGUGAACGAUAAUUCGAGCUCGUCGGAAGACUCGACGUCGCCGAGGAACGACAGAAAACAGUUCAGGGAGCAGAGACGGAGCUUCGAGCUUCGAAUGUUGCACCGGACUGCGUCGAGGCGCGAGCACACGCAGUACGAAUGGUUCGAGAUGUCGGGGAUGCUUAGGCUCGCGGACGCUUGCAAAAAUUCCGAGACGAACGCCGGUCGGAGUUCGAAACAUCGAGAAGUCUCUUCAACCAGCAACGACAUCGUUUUCGUGGGUGUAGCGCGACUGCUGAUGAGACGACCGAUCACCAAGAUAUCAAUCAUUGACGCGAACAAGGACGAGUAUAUUACUCGACACUUGGUAGACGGCCGGAUCAUUUAUUGCGACCACAGGGUGUCGGUGGUGGCUGGCUACUUGUCAGAAGAGGUGUCGGGAAAGAGCGCUUUCCGUUUCAUGCACAAGGCCGAUCGUGUCUGGGCUAUGAUCGCGCUUCGUGAAAUGUACAAUCGCGCGGAGACUUGCGGAUCAUCUUGCUACAGGCUGACGUCGAAAACCGGCGAACCCAUUUACUUACGAACACAUGGAUAUCUCGAGGUUGAUAAGGACUCGCAAAUUGUAGUGUCUCUUGUCUGCAUAAAUACAUUAGUAUCGGAAGAAGAGGGCCUCAGGUUAAUGAAACAAAUGAAGAAAAGAUACUCCGCCACGAUCUCCGAAACGAUGAAAGCGAUGAUACAGAAUGGAGACAAUACAUCGAUGGAUUUGGGCUCAGAUUCGGAACAUUCGAAAAAUGAUAUCGAUGACCCUUCGCAGCUAGAAGACGCAAUUACGUAUCUAGUUAGCGAUCUAUCGUCGCCUCUUCCAGAAGAAUGCCUCGCCACAUCACCUGUUCCUAAUGAACAAUACGUAAAGGCUGCAAUGAUAUCGCAACAUUUACCACCUGCUGUCACUCAAGCCCGGAAACUGGGUAUUGAAACGAUAGACCAUUAUUUAAUGGUACAGGGAAAGGUAAAUCAGAAUCAAAAGCAAGAGUCAACAACAGAUAACAUCAAGCACGAGUCCGAAGAGAGUCAAGAAAACUCGAGAUCAUCCAGUAAAACGAUAACGCUGCAUGAAGUAACGAAACAAACGCAUAACGUUUAUAGCAGUUUGCAAGAUAAACAGAGUUUACCACAAACUAACAGUAUAAUAACGACGAAAGAACCGGUCGUAGAACCACGUAUAAGUACCCAACGAGAUGUUCGAGCGUCUCAUCUUCAGGUUUCUCAAAAUGUGAAUAUUUUGAGUCCUACUGCGACGGUGAAAGACAUCGUGAAUGUCUCAAAUUUGCAUAAUCUAUGCAACAUUAAAGUGGAACGUAACAUAGAUGCUUACACGCAUCAGCAAAAACCUAUGAUGGACCCUCUUGAAAAGGGUGUCAAUAAUAACGUUACUGCUGAUUCAAAAAAUCUUCCAUUAAAGAGAAUAUACAGUGACGAAGAUAUUAAGACAAGUUGUAGUAAGAAAAGACACAGUAAUGUUGCUUACUCAUCGUCUGACACGAACGAUGAUCAACAGAACGUUUCAUACAUCGAUUGUAAACCUUUUAUCGGUGAAGUAUUUUCGGAACCUUCGUCGGACUUCAAUUUGUACAGUAAUAUGAAUCCUCAGUCAAUGAAACUUGCGGAGUCUCCGAAUUCAAGUUUAAACGACGUUGUUGCUGAUUACCAACAAAUGGAUACUAGCAUCCCGUUUAUACCUCAAAAUCUGGAUGACAAAUUUAUCGAUUUUCCAGAUUUAAAGGACGAUCCGCUGAGCCCAAGCCUGGACGCAAAUCCAGAUAUUAUAAUGAGAAUAAUUGAUGACCUAAGACAUGUACCGAUUCUCGAAAAUACUUUCAAUGAAACAAAAAUCCAACAUCUACCUGAUAACAAUAUAAUCAAUGAUGAAAUAAGAAGAAAGCAUCUUCAACUUAUGAAUAGUAUGGCAUUACAAGAAUCACAGCUCAGUAUCUUAACAAGAAAUUUGAGAAAUCCAGCUUUACAAGCAAAAAGAGAAAGCUUAACACCAUUGCAGACAGAGCAUAAUAUACAGAAACAAAUUCUCGAAACACUCCAACAAGACCAUAUGCAAAUAAACAUAAAACACAAUAUUGGUGUAUAAACGUUUUCAAAAAUAUCCGAAGCAUAGAGUUUCAAAAAUACCUCUGAUCAUAAUGAGAUAUUUCUUUAAGAGAGAAAGAAUUAUUUCUUCAAGUUGAUGAUCUUAAAAAAUAGAUAUCCUUGAAAGAAGUAUAUAACUGGUAAAAAUGUACACAUCGAAUAUUCCAAUGAAGUUUAGUAUAACAUAUUCAUGUACACAAUGAUAAAAUGGAAGAACGUAUAUUAACAAUGCAACAACAUAACGAGGCCGAUCUGUAUUUUACAAUUCAACAAAGGAAAGAUAAUAAUAUUUAUUAUCACAGACAUUUAGUGAAAAUAUAGUGUCAAUAAGGAAAACUUCAAUGUUCUGUGUUCAAAUUGAACUAAGAAAAAAGAGUAAGUACGGAACAGACAAACUAAUCAAGUUGCAUACUUUACGUCGUGUACAUGCAGACAUUUUAAAACAUACUAUGGAUAUUACUCGUCGCCCUAAUGUUUAGCGUAUAUUUCUGUAAUUGCUUACAUAAAACACAUAUGUAAAAUGUAUUGUAGGCACGUUUGUGGGCACGUUUUACAUAUUUGAAGGUCCAAUGUUGCGCAGUUUUCAAAUUUUAUCAUAGCAAACUUGUAUAUAACGUAGAGCCAAUUCUAAGUGGCCAUGCUGUCCCUUUAGCCUUCAGGACCGUUUGUGCUCAGCUAUUGUUCUCAAUUGAAGAACGAAAAUUAUUUUCACGUCCAGGACAGACCAGGAUAUGUAUAUGUACGCAUAUAUCGGAUGGAUAUACCAGUUUUAUUAAGAUUCUAUUAACGAAAUAAAUUCGACUAAAUUCGUACUAAUAAAAGCAAAUAUAUUCGUACUAUAAUAGAAGCAAGUUGGUAGUACAAAAUUUUUAUUUUGGACAGAAGAAAUAUGCUUCUAAAGAAGAAACAUGUUAUGGAAAAAGAUAUUAGAUACGUGAUUGUACGUAAUUUUUAUUAUUGUUACUUGAUAAUGGUAACAAUGAAGAAUGGUAACAAUUCAUUGUAAAUAUUUCGAGUCUAUUAUCGAUUUCUUUUUUCUCUAAAAUUUUAAAAAUUGUGUGGAUUGCUUAUUAUUCCUCUAUGUAUCUACAUACACACUUGUGACAUACAUAUGCACUUUUAAGCAUUUUACACAUUAACUCGUUAUUUUUACAAAUUUUCUACUUUAUUGAAAAAAGUAGCAAAUAAAUAAAAUUAUCAUCUUUCUUCAAUGAGAUGUUGAAAGAGUUCGAUUCCAUUUUAUACUUAAAUGAAAGUUAUACUUUGUGUUUGCAAUCGUUUUGUUAUAGCGAGUUUUUGAACUUUACUGGCCUUGUUAUCCACCCAAUUAUGUUGCGUUUUAUAUUAUUUUAUUAAUUAUAAUUAAGCUUUAGUACCUAUCCAUAAAUAGUAUAAAACUUUCGUGAUUGACCUAUGUGUGAUAUCAUGAUAUUUUUAAUAACAAGCAUAAUCAAGCAAAUGAAUCUGCGAUCCAGAAAGAACGUUAAAAUAUAUAGAAUGGAAUUGUGUACAGGAAACAUUACAGAGACGCAUAUGUUGUGGACACAUUUAACAUAUAUGAAUAAUAGAUCUAUAUGUUAAUUCUAUCUAAAUUAGUUCCAUUUUCCUAUGUACAAGUAUAAAUAAGGCUGAUAAACUGUAAAUAAGAAUUCCGAAUGUGUCGUUGAUCGGUUAUUAUUACCGAUUGAAGAAAUCACCGUUUUUCUUUUCCUUUUUUUGUGAAUUGUUCAUUGUUCAUUCAUGUUGUAUAUCUAGUUGCAACUCGUGCGCUAUUAAUUAAAUACACUAAAGAGUUUUCGAUGCUCCUGCCUAUUGAUGCGAGUUGCAAUAUCAGUAAGAUUUAGAAUUGUAGUUUAUAAAUGACGUUCUAAUGUCCAAGCAGUCUUUUCACCCUUUUUUGAAUGUAAAUUCGUAUUUUAAAAUAUGAGGACAAAGCAUUGUAUCCAUGAUAUUCUUCAAAGCAACAAUGUUCAUGUAGACUUAAAUCAAAGAAUAUAAUUUAUAUUAUUUUAUGAGCUUGAUGACUUAGCCGGAGCUAACAUAAGUUGCGUAUGUAUUUAUUCGAAAUCGAGACUUAUCUUUGAACGAUGCUUUGUACAAAUGAGAAUUAUGAAAUUACAAGAAAAAGGGGGAUUAUCUGCUUAUAGUUCUUAUGUGUAUAUAAAUCAUGUUCACUGUAAAAAACAAAAAAAAUGGUCGUUAACUCGUUUUUAUGUCAUUGACAUUGAUGUCAAGCGUUUUAAGGUAGAUUGUCACUCUAUUUUUGUUUCCUUCAAUUAGGAUUAUGAUAUAUAAAUGUACAAUAUUAAGGAAAGCUUAAGAUAUAAACUAUGCUCAUUUUUAUGGUUAAGAGGAUUCGACUAUCCUUGCCUCAUGAUUGCUCGACGUUGAUAAGGAUCCAAACUUUUUUACAUACUAUCAUACUGUUAGUAAAAGAUACAAAUGAUCCUAUGGCGUGCAAGUGACGUAUAAUUCGCGUUUUAUUAUGGGGGGAAGGGAGAUGUUUAGUUAAGCGAAUGGCAGACUUUCCAAUGUGUCAUGAUCAUUAUAGUACAAACAGCAAGUUUAAAGUGUCUGUGUUUAGUGUCACUUUUGAUCCCUUGAAAUCUAUCAAGUAAAUUGUUCAUAUGUUUUAUGAUCCUUGGCGAUGCAUUUCGAGUUUAGCUACCGUAAUCAUGUUUCGUAUGUCUCAAAAAAGUAUACGUAGAAAUGAUAUUUCUACAAUUAAUUGUUAUUACAAAUUGAUUAAGAUAUAUAGUAUCUAUGAUAUCUUGUUAAUUAAAAAUAUUAUACAUAUAUAUAUAUAUGAUUUUUAUGUGUUUCUUGAAGCCUUAUAAUAAGAUAACAAUACUUAAUUCGUAUCUGUAUAAACAUUCAUCGAUGGCAAUGAUAUUGUUCAGUAUGAAAAAAAGAAAAGAUUAGAAACCUGUCUCGUCAACUAGAAAUCAAAAUCUGUACUCGAUCAAAAAAUAUGCUAUAAAAUGAAUGAAUGUGACACAAACAGAUGGCACUACAGAAUUCGCUAAACAUUUAAUCUUAUAAUAUUGUAAAUACUACUUUUAUUAUAUUUUAUACUCUGCUGUUUGCACAUAAGUGAUUUUUACAAUUUCUUUCUGUAAGUUAACGCAAGCACAAUUGAACAUAAUUGUGUUGUACAUUCUUCUUGUACGUUUCUAUACAUGUAUCUUUACAAGUAAAAUGACAAUUUUCGAAUGAUUGUACGGUCAAAUUACAAUAUUGAUUUUGCAUCUACACACACAUUCUGUAUAACAAGCAAUGUUUAAAAACCUUUAUGUAAAGCGAUCGUCUCUUCGUGAUCUUGAUUGU